AUGGGGAUGCCAGUGACUGAAUUCAAGGCCAAUUCCCGGGGGAGGCUGCAGAGCCAGAUAGACGCCAUCCGGGGGCCCCCUGCCAGAGACGCCAUCUGGGGGUCCCCUGGCAGAGACGCCAUCCGGGGGCCCCCUGCCAGAGACGCCAUCCGGGGGUCCCCUGGCAGAGACACUAUCCGGGGGUCCCCUGGCAGAGACGCCAUUUGGGGGUCCCCUGCCAGAGAUGCCAUUCAGGGGCUCCCUGCCAGAGACGCCAUCCGGGGGCCCCCUGCCAGAGACGCCAUCCGGGGGGCUCCCUGCCAGAGACGCCAUCCGGGGGUCCCCUGCCAGAGACGCCAUCCGGGGGGCUCCCUGCCAGAGACGCCAUUCGGGGGUCCCCUGCCAGAGACGCCAUCCGGGAGCCCCCUGCCAGAGACGCCAUCCGGGGGUCCCCUGCCAGAGACGCCAUCCGGGGGCCCCCUGCCAGAGACGCCAUCCGGGGGCCCCCUGCCAGAGACGCCAUCCGGGAGCCCCCUGGCAGAGACGCCAUCCGGGGGUCCCCUGGCAGAGACGCCAUCCGGGAGCCCCCUGCCAGAGACGCCAUCUGGGGGCCCCCUGCCAGAGACGCCAUUCGGGGGUCCCCUGCCAGAGAUGCCAUUCGGGGGUCCCCUGCCAGAGACGCCAUCCGGGAGCCCCCUGGCAGAGACGCCAUCCGGGGGCCCCCUGCCAGAGACGCCAUCCGGGAGCCCCCUGGCAGAGACGCCAUCCGGGAGCCCCCUGCCAGAGACGCCAUUCGGGGGCCCCCUGCCAGAGACGCCAUCCGGGGGGCCCCCUGGCAGAGACGCCAUCCGGGGGCCCCCUGCCAGAGACGCCAUCCGGGAGCCCCCUGGCAGAGACGCCAUCCGGGAGCCCCCUGCCAGAGACGCCAUUCGGGGGUCCCCUGCCAGAGACGCCAUCCGGGGGUCCCCUGCCAGAGACGCCAUCCGGGAGCCCCCUGGCAGAGACGCCAUCCGGGAGCCCCCUGGCAGAGACGCCAUCCGGGGGCCCCCUGCCAGAGACGCCAUCCGGGGGUCCCCUGCCAGAGACACUAUCCGGGAGCCCCCUGGCAGAGACGCCAUCCGGGAGCCCCCUGGCAGAGACACUAUCCGGGAGCCCCCUGGCAGAGACGCCAUCCGGGGGUCCCCUGCCAGAGAUGCCAUCCGGGAGCCCCCUGGCAGAGACGCCAUUCAGGGGCUCCCUGCCAGAGACGCCAUCCGGGGGUCCCCUGCCAGAGACGCGAUCUGGGGGUCCCCUGCCAGAGAUGCUGUCUGGGGGCCCCCUGCCAGAGACGCCAUUCGGGGGUCCCCUGCCAGAGACACUAUCCGGGGGCCCCCUGCCAGAGAUGCCAUCCAGGAGCCCCCUGCCAGAGACACUAUCUGGGGGUCCCCUGCCAGAGACGCCAUCCGGGGGCUCCCUGGCAGAGACACCAUCCGGGGGCUCCCUGCCAGAGACGCCAUUUGGGGGCCACCUGCCAGAGACACCAUUUGGGGGUCCCCUGCCAGAGACGCCAUUUGGGGGCCACCUGCCAGAGACACUAUCUGGGGGCCCCCUGCCAGAGACGCCAUUCGGGGGUCCCCUGCCAGAGAUGCCAUUUGGGGGCCACCUGCCAGAGACACUAUCUGGGGGUCCCCUGCCAGAGAUGCCGUCCGGGGGCCCCCUGCCUGA